UCAAAGUUUUGAUAAACCAAAAGAAAAAACUCAUGGACUCACCUCAUAAGCCAAGAUCUUUUUCCCCUAAUCUGUUCUUUUUCUUCCUUCUUGUGUCCUCAAAUCUUCUCACUUUUAUCAUUUCUAACACUUUUAAGCACUCUUCUUGUUAUCUAUACCAACAAACAUAUAAUUCCAUUGAUACUGAUUCAUCACUUAAUACUGAUAUCCCUUUGGUUGUUCAGCCUGCAGAAACUAGAGAUGAUGAUAUUCAAGCAUCUGAUUUAGACCUUCCAUCUGAGCUCCGUGCUUUCGCAUCUCCACAUAAACUACCAUUUGGAUUCAGCACAAACUUUGAUUCUGACAGUAUCAUUCCUCCGGUUGGGCACCCGUGCACCAGGUUUCCUGAUUUACUUCGUCGUUACAUGUCAUACAGAGUCAAUGGUUCUUGCCCUGAUGAUGAGAUCCUGGGACAGAAGCUGCUUCUCAAAGGUUGUGAGCCUCUCCCUAGACGCAGAUGCCGUCCUGCUGCUCAACAAGAAUAUGUUGAGCCUUACCCUCUUCCUGAGAGUUUAUGGACUACACCAUCAGAUUCAUCUGUUGUUUGGACAGCAUAUACUUGCAAAACUUAUGAAUGUCUCAUCAACAGGGUGAAAUCACAGAAAUCAUUUGAUGAUUGCAAAGACUGCUUUGAUCUCAAUGGCAGAGAGAAAAAACGAUGGUUGUCGACAAAGGGAGCUGGCCUUGACUUCUCUAUUGAUGAAGUACUAGCAGUGAAGAAGCCUGGUACAAUCAGAAUAGGACUUGACAUUGGAGGUGGUGUAGCUACGUUCGCUGUAAGAAUGAGAGAAAGGAACAUAACAAUAUUAACAACUUCAAUGAAUCUCAAUGGUCCUUUCAAUACAUUUAUAGCAUCAAGAGGAGUCAUACCUUUGUACAUAAGCAUUUCACAGAGACUUCCUUUCUUUGACAACACACUAGAUAUAGUCCACUCAAUGCAUGUGUUGAGUAAUUGGAUACCAUCAACACUGCUCCACUUCUUGUUUUUCGACAUCUAUAGAGUGCUUCGACCUGGUGGGCUGUUCUGGCUUGACCAUUUCUUCUGUGUUAGAGAGCAAUUUGAGCAAGUCUAUGCUCCACUUAUAGAGAGCAUUGGGUUCACUAAGGUCAAGUGGGUCGUAGGGCGAAAGUUGGAUAGAGGACCCGAGCUGAAUGAGAUGUAUCUUUCAGCACUGUUGGAGAAGCCACUCAAGAAUUCUUGGUGA